UCUAGAAUAUCGCGGCAGCCAAUCAACUUUCACUUUUUAUAGUAGCUUCUUGCCACAUCUCACAUCACGCAUGCAGGAGCCACUACAUGUAUUAGCUGGGUUCGUAAAGCAACGAUACUAUCUCUUUUCCCUUCGUGCGUAUCCUCGACAAGAGUUUCUGAUACAUCAAAAAAUGACGAAUCCUAUGCAGCUCCAUAUUCGUGGACAGGAGACAACUGUCAUUGAUUGUGUAGAGAAUGACAGAAUACAACACAUAAAGAAAAAAAUUGCAUGUCUUCAUAGUAUCGAGGACGAAUUUCACCUUUAUUGCAAUGGGAGUUUAUUAACAGACGAAGCUUGUGUUGGUGAACUUCCAUCAAAUGUACUUGAUUUGACUGUACCCUUACGGGGAGGUAAGGUUCACGGUUCUUUGGCACGUGCUGGCAAAGUGAAGGCUCAGACACCCAAAGUUGAAAAACAAGAGAAGAGUAAAAAGAAGACUGGCCGUGCUAAGCGACGCAUCCAGUAUAACCGUAGGUUCGUCAACGUCGUCCAAACCUUUGGCCGCCGACGUGGACCUAAUGCCAAUACAAACUCAUAAGAAAAAAUAUAUUACUAUAUAUUAUUUGUUAUAAUAAAUUCAAAUAAAGUGUCAUAUGACUGAAGUAUCUUAAA